CAUAUUGUUUGUCUCCUCAUCUACUAUUUAUCCCAGUCACUCUUUUCAAGAUGUUGGUCCGUGCAAGCAUUGUGUUGCUUACUUUAUCAUUUGCUAUCCAUAGUGUUGUAGGAGUUCAUGUGGAUAUUAAUAAUGGAGAAUCCAUAAAGGCAAUUGCAAAAACAUUCGCUGGCAGCAUCGUUUCUUUCUACAAUACUACCCUCGCAGAAGAUUUGAUUCCUGGUCUUUUUGGCGAUGAUUACAACUGGUGGGAGGCAGGCGCAAUAUGGAAUUCUCUAAUUUCGUAUUCAUACCUCACUGGAGACUCCUCUUACGAUGAUCUGGUUUCCGAGGCUAUUCAACAUCAAAUCGGUGAUUACAAUGCGUUUAUGCCUGCCAACCAGUCCGUAACUCUCGACAACAACGGCCAAAGCACCUGGGGCUUGGCAGCUUUGACGGCCGCUGAAGUCGGGUUUCCGAAACCCAAAGAAGGUGAAUGGGUUGACCUUGCCAUCACGGUAUUUGACACCCAAGUCAUGCGCUGGGAUACUGAAACAUGUAAUGGUGGGUUGAGAUGGCGGAUGUUCAGUUUUCAAGAGGGCUAUAAUUAUAAGAACAGCAUGUCGAACGGAAAUUUCUUCCUCCUUUCCGCACGAUUGGCGAGGUUGACCGGCAACGGUACAUAUGCUGAGUGGGCAAACAAGUCGUACAACUGGGCCAAAGAAGUCGGGCUAGUAGCGAGCGGACAAGACGGGAACAUAAUCGUAAAAGAUGGCGCCAUGACAGAAGGGAACUGCUCAGACAUUAACAACAUUCACUGGGCCGCAGACUUUGGCGUCUACCUUGAGGGUGCGGCAGUGAUGCACAACUUAACGAAGGGCGCACAAAACUGGACAGAGGUCUUCAUCGGCCUCGCCAAUACUACAUGGGAUUUCACGCCUGACCAGCAUCACUUCCUAGUUGAGGUAGCUUGUGAGCUCAACGGCCACUGCGACACCGUUCAGAGAGCAUCCAAAGGCAUUGCUGCGCGAUCACUUGCCCGCGCCGGUGCCAUCGCUGAUAAAGCCACCGCGAAUUGGUGGUUUGAUCUUGUCCUUGGCAAAUCUGCUGAAUCCGCGGCAGAUGGUUGUGUAAGCAAGGGCGAUAAAGUCGAGUGUAGCCCUAGCUGGGCGGCAUCAGACAGCGAAUGGCGGAAUGGGACCGCGAGCAACAGCAGUAUAAUGGAUACAUUUGCCGCAUUAGAGGUCUUACAGGGACUGCUUUAUCAGAACAAGACGCCAGUUGCAAAGGGUACGCAGAACGCGAGCGGGGGCGGAGCCUCUUCGGACAACUCAACGUCUGGUGCGGUGACGGCGGAAAAGACUGGCGCUGCGGGGGUAGUUGCAACGAGCGGGGCGUUUGUGUUGGCUGUUGCCUUUGCGGCGGCAUUGAACUUGUAAAACGAGUGUUUACAGUACUUCGGGUCGCCUGACAGAACACAUCCCAGCUCAUUUAUAGUGCUUGCCGAAAUACCAUAAUACCCCGUGACUUUGUUAGUAGCCUAUCGGUUGAUUCUCCAGACCUCUGGAUUCGCAGAAGUAUUCAACGUAGUAAAGAUAUCUAACUAACCUUCUAAUUCUGUAUACACCUGUUCAAUAAAAGCAC